CUCCCGUGCGUAGGUAGGUACCUAGGUAGAUAGGUACCUACCUAAGGUUCGCCAGCACGACUUCACUCGCAACAAUGGCCGAUCCUCAAUUUAUCCUUUCCCCUUUUCUGUUGUUCUUUUUUCUUCUCUUCACCUUCUGUUGGUUCCAGCGCGGCCCAGUGACUGCAGUUCUGCAAACACAUGGAAAGCAGAAGAAUACAAGAGUUUCUAUGAACAGAUUCAGCGACUCUCCUCUUCCAUGACAGCGGCAUACGACAGCGUACAUCGCUUAAUGCCGAGGCCACACAUAUGCAGUAUGCGCUCCAAGAACUUCGCUUUGACAUACGGAGAAAACAUGAGGGGGCGGCCUAGGUUUGUAAGACGACCGUUGAAUGGCAGGAAUUGUGCAGCUGUCUGACGCUGGCUGCCCCAGGGCUUAAGCCCAUUGUCGUUGCAAGACCAGAGCUGCCGCGUCUUUAUGCUUUCUAGCGUUCCU